GCGCUACUGUCGCCCGACAGGCAUUUAAAUCAAACGAUAUUGAGAUGGAUUGGGUUAUGAAACAUAAUGGUCCAAAUGACGCUAAUGAUGGGACAGUACGACUUCGUGGACUGCCAUUUGGUUGCAGCAAAGAGGAAAUAGUUCAGUUCUUUCAAGGGUUGGAAAUCGUGCCAAAUGGGAUAACACUGAUGAUGGACUACCGGGGAGGCACAGGGGAGGCCUUCGUGCAGUUUGCUUCAAAGGAGAUAGCAGAAAAUGCUCUGGGGAAACACAAGGAAAGAAUAGGGCACAGGUAUAUUGAGAUCUUCAGAAGUAGCAGGAGUGAAAUCAAAGGAUUUUAUGAUCCACCAAGAAGAUCGCUGGGCCAGCAACCAGGACCAUAUAAUAGACCAAUAGGAGGAAGAGGGGGUUAUUAUGGAGCUGGGCAUGGAAGUUAUGGAGGUUUUGAUGACUAUGGUGGCUAUAAUAAUUAUGGCUAUGAAAAUGAUGGCUUUGAUGAGCGAAUGAGAGAUGGAAGAGGUAUGGGAGGACAUGGCUAUGGUGGAGCUGGUGAUGCAAGCUCAGGUUUUCAUGGUGGUCAUUUUGUACAUAUGAGGGGAUUACCUUUCCAUGCAACCAAAAGUGACAUUGCUAAUUUCUUCUCACCACUAAAUCCAAUCCGAGUGCAUAUUGAUAUUGGAGCUGAUGGCAGAGCAACAGGAGAAGCAGAUGUAGCGUUUGUGACACACGAAGAUGCACUACCUGCCAUGUCUAAAGAUAAGAAUAACAUGCAACAUCGAUACAUUGAACUCUUCUUGAAUUCAACUCCUGGAGGUGGCUCUGGAAUGGGAGGUUCUGGAAUGGGAGCUUAUGGCAGAGAUGGAAUGGAUAAUCAGGGAGGCUAUGGAUCUGUUGGAAGAAUGGGAAUGGGGAACAAUUACAGUGGAGGAUAUGGUACUCCUGAUGGUUUGGGUGGCUAUGGCUGUGGUGGUGGAGGCAGUGGCGGUUACUAUGGGCAAGGUGGCAUGAGUGGAGGUGGAUGGCGUGGGAUGUACUGAAGCAUAACCACCGAUAUAAAAGUCCUGACAACAGCAUCUGGUCUACUAGACUUUCUUACAGAUUUAAUUUCUUUUGUAUUUUAAGAACUUUAUAAUGACUGAAGGAAUGUGUUUUCAAACUAUUAUUUGGUAAAGCAACAGAUUGUGAUGGGAAAAUCUGUUUUCUGUAGGUUUUAUUUGUUGCAUACUUUGACUUAAAAAAAUAAAUUUUUAUAUUCAAAA